AUGCGCCCUAGAAACCUAUACGGCAAGGUACAAACGCAAAGAGAGUUUAAUCAAGAAGCUAGUUGUCUACGUUUCCGGCUGAUUGAGAUGGAGAAUCUUUAUCAAGUAUUAAUCAAAAGUAGCUUUAAAGGUAACAUGACAAUAACCAACUGUUUUCUAGGUUCUUCAUCAUCUAUCCGGCAUUUAGGUCGAAGGUUUGGUCCUCAUCCUAAUUAUAAUAUUAAAUGGCGUCAUAAUUCGAGUUCUUGUUCCUUGGAUAAUACUCGUAAUUAUGAUAGAGUGAUCAACUUGAACGAUGCACUCGAAUCGUUCGAUGUAAUGAUCCGCAAACGACCCCUUCCAUCCGUCGUUAAGUUUACUCGAUUGUUGCAUGAUGUCACCCAACUAAAACAUUAUGCUUGCUCCCUAUAUCUUUUUAAACAAUUGUGUGCACUUGGUGUUCCUGUCAACACUUACACUGCCGGCAUCGCCAUAAAGUGUUAUCAUCGAAUGUAUCGCACCAAAUACGGUCUUGCAGUCUUAGGCUCUUGCUUCAAACAAGGUGUUGAGCUUCACGUGUCCACUUAUAAUACACUCAUGAGAGGUUUUGUUCUAAAUAACACUCACCUGGCUGAGUAUCUGUUCUGCGGUUUCAUCACAAGUAACCGACUACGUGAACUCAACUUAAGCAGCUACAAGAUUAUGAUUAAAGGGCUUUGUAAGGUCGGCAGUAACUUUACAGCCAUCGGUUUGCUUAGGCUUCUCGAUCAUGGAAUAUUAGAUGGUACUUUUAAGUAUGAUCUUUCCAUAUAUAACACCAUCUUUGACGGUCUCUGCAACGAUGUAAUAUUUAUUGAUUAUGCAUUCAAGUUAUGGAAAGAAAUGGUCCACCACAAAGCCAUCCCACCUAAUGUCGACACAUACAACUCUUUGAUUCGUAACCUCUGUAGGUUAGCUCGUUGGGACGAGGUGUGUAGAAUUCUAAAAGAAAUGGAGGAUGCAAAAAUCUCUCCCAAACUCAGGACCUUCAAUAUCAUAGUCGAUGCACUUUGCAAACAGGGUAAGAUAGCCGAAGCCCGGGCUGUUAUCGACAUCAUGGUUGAUGAGACCAGUGGACGCAAGUAUCCUCCUAAUGCAGUCACCUACAAUCCAUUGAUAGAUUUUUAUUGUUGGACAAAUGAAGUGAGUGAAGCAAGGAGAAUUUAUGAUUCGAUGGACUCCCAAGGCAUCGAACCCGACUUUUUUACUUAUCACAUGUUUUAUCUUAGGUAUUUCAUUGAUAAAGACUUUGAAAAGUUUCAGGCUUUCCCCAGUGUUGGUUCAGACCUCUCUAGCCAAUUGUCGUACUUUAUACUUUGUCGCACUGGUUUAGGUAUACCAAGAUUUCCAGAAGAAGAACUUUAUCACAGUCUGUUAAUGAAACUUAAGUAUGAUAGUGCACUUGCUUUAUUCCAUCUGAUGAAUCGCAGCGGGCUGAAUAGAGAAGUUGAGGUGCACAGAAUCCUCAUGGAUAGGGCAAGCAAACACAAGAGGUUUGAUGAAGAAAGGCGUCUUUAUCACGUCGACUUACUAAAUUUGGAUAUGUUUUUGAAUAACCUUUGUUAA